AUGCUAUCCGAGGUCUCUAUCUCGUUUCUCUUUCUCUUAUCUCUUUCAAAUUCUUUCUUUUUCUAUUUUACUUAUCUCUCUCUCUCUCUCUCUCUCUCUCUCUCUCUCCCACACACACAGACAUGCACACACACAUUUUAUUUUUCGUUAUUUUUUCUUCCACUCUCUUUCUCCUUCUUUCUUUUCCUCUCUCAGUCCAUUUUUAUCCCUUCUGUUCUCGUCUCAUUUUUCUUCCUCCCUCUUUCUGUUUCUCUUCCUCCUAUUCUUUUUUCCCCUUUUCGUUUCUCUUAUGUCCACAUCUAUGUAUCUACACGUACUUCUUCUCACGCCUGUUUUUCUCCUCAUCUCUUUUUUUCUUUUUCAAUCGCACACUUUGUCUUUCCUUUUUCCUUUUCUUUGCGUCUUCUCUCUUUCCCUCACUCUCACUCAUUGCCAUCUUUCCUCUCUUUCUCCUCAUCUCUUUAUUUGUCUCUCACUCUGUGUUAUUUUUCCUCCCUAUCCUUGAUUAAUCUCAUUCCAUCUCUCUCUCUUUCUCUCUCUCUCUCUCUCUCUCUCUCACCCUUUUCUAUAUUCCCUCUUUUUCUUCCCUCUUUGCUUCUCUCUUUCUCCGUCACUCUUUAUGUUUCGUGUCGUUCUCUCUAUCCCUUUCUCAUUUCCAUUGUUAUCUUUUUCUCUUUUCUCUUUAUUUCUUUCUUCCGUCCCCCCCUCCCUCUUUCUCUCUCUCUCUCUCUCUCUCUCACCCUUUUCUAUAUUCCCUCUUUUUCUUCCCUCUUUGCUUCUCUCUUUCUCCGUCACUCUUUAUGUUUCGUGUCGUUCUACUCUAUCCCUUUCUCAUUUCCAUUGUUAUCUUUUCUCUUUUCUCUUUAUUUCUUUUCUUCCGUCCCCCUCUCUCUCUCUCUCUCUCUCUCUCUCUCUCUCUCUCUCUCCCUUUUCUAUAUUCCUCUUUUUCUUCCCUCUUUGCUUCUCUCUUUCUCCGUCACUCUUUUAUGUUUCGUGUCGUUCUACUCUAUCCCUUUCUCAUUUCCAUUGUUAUCUUUUCUCUUUUUCUCUUUAUUUCUUUCUUCCGUCCCCCCUCCCUCUCUUUCUCUCUCUCUCUCUCUCUCUCUCACCCUUUUCUAUAUUCCCUCUUUUUCUUCCCUCUUUGCUUCUCUCCUUCUCCGUCCUCUUUAUGUUUCGUGUCGUUCUACUCUAUCCCUUUCUCAUUUCCAUUGUUAUCUUUUCUCUUUUCUCUUUAUUUCUUUCUUCCGUCCCCCCCCCCUCUCUUUCUCUCUCUCUCUCUCUCUCUCUCUCACCCUUUUCUAUAUUCCCUCUUUUCUUCCCUCUUUGCUUCUCUCUUUCUCCGUCACUCUUUAUGUUUCGUGUCGUUCUACUCUAUCCCUUUCUCAUUUCCAUUGUUAUCUUUUUCUCUUUUCUCUUUAUUUCUUUCUUCCGUCCCCCUCCCUCUCUUUCUCUCUCUCUCUCUCUCUCUCACCCUUUUCUAUAUUCCCUCUUUUUUCUUCCCUCUUUGCUUCUCUCCUUCUCCGUCCUCUUUAUGUUUCGUGUCGUUCUACUCUAUCCCUUUCUCAUUUCCAUUGUUAUCUUUUCUCUUUUUCUCUUUAUUUCUUUCUUCCGUCCCCCCCUCCCUCUCUUUCUCUCUCUCUCUCUCUCUCACCCUUUUCUAUAUUCCCUCUUUUUCUUCCCCCUUUGCUUCUCUCCUUCUCCGUCACUCUUUAUGUUUCGUGUCGUUCUAUUCUAUCCCUUUCUCAUUUCCAUUGUUAUCUUUUCUCUUUUUCUCUUUAUUUCUUUCUUCCGUCCCCCCCUCCUCUCUUUUCUCUCUCUCUCUCUCUCUCACCCUUUUCUAUAUUCCCUCUUUUUCUUCCCUCUUUGCUUCUCUCCUUCUCCGUCACUCUUUAUGUUUCGUGUCGUUCUACUCUAUCCCUUUCUCAUUUCCAUUGUUAUCUUUUCUCUUUUUCUCUUUAUUUCUUUCUUCCGUCCCCCCUCCCUCUCUCUCUCUCUCUCUCUCUCUCUCUCACCCUUUUCUAUAUUCCCUCUUUUUCUUCCCUCUUUGCUUCUCUCUUUCUCCGUCACUCUUUAUGUUUCGUGUCGUUCUACUCUAUCCCUUUCUCAUUUCCAUUGUUAUCUUUUCUCUUUUUCUCUUUAUUUCUUUCUUCCGUCCCCCCCUCCCUCUCUCUCUCUCUCUCUCACUUUUACUUAUUGCUAUCUUUCCUUUCUUUUUCCUCUUCUCUUUUCUUGUCUCUCACUUUUUGUUAUCUUUACUCCCUUUCCCUAUCUCAUUCAUUAUCUCUUUCUGUCUCACACGGCCUUUUCUAUCUUUCUUCUCUUCCUUUUCUUCUCUUCUCUUUUCUCUUUCUCUCUCACUCUUUAACUUUCUUCUUUCACACCAUAUUUUCCCGUAUCUCUUUCUCUAUCGCUAUCACCGUCCCUUUCAUUCAUUUUACGUCUUUAUUUUUUCCCAGAAUUCUCUACCCGCCCAUCCUUCAACCAAAUCACGCUGACCUUUUCUUCCUAUCUAACAUGCGACUCGAAUUUCUUUUUCCUAAAAGCACUGACCUUUGUAACGAUGAGCUGGCCACACAUUUUUGUACUGUGUACCUCCUUAAUGGUAAACGUUACAUUCAUAUUUCAGGUGUCAAAUUAGUUCUUCUUUUGGUACCUUGCUAUUUUUCGAUGUAUUCGCCUCCGACCCGGCGCCAUUACGGUUCUGUUGUUGGUGCAUUUGAAGAUAUUUAA